CUGGCUGAACUUGUUUGGCUGGGCUAAGCGCAUUGUUGCACUGAAUUUGAGGAGAAUCAUCGAGGCAACGAUACCUAAUACCUGUUUGCUUGCCUGCUGGCUGCUGCCUCUACUGCAUUGCUCGGGGUAUCGAUGUGUUAGCGUAACGUACGAAUGAGCAUACGCUACCAGUUGGUUAUCUCCAUUCCGUAGUAUUGCUUACAAUAAUACUGGCAUCUUGCUAUUGUUGUAGUUGUUAUUAGCAUUGUACCCAGCCGUUGCUUCCGCCACUCUCCUCCUCUACUACCAAUAGCACAACACAUACAAACAACAUCGUCAUCGUGGUAGUCGCUGUCGGCUUGGUAGUCAGCUCAGUUACAGGCCAUUAUUUGAUUUUGUUUGUUGACGGUUGCGACAACGACGAUUCGAGUGCUGCUCCGAUGCCAGCACCGCCGAUACGAAACGCAAAACAAGUUUGGUGAAACGAGUCCAAUAAUUUACACGCAGGCGUCGCCGCAGCAGCUACGGCAGCAACGGGAACAGCUGCCGUAUUGGCAGCAUCGGUAGCAACACAACGGUAGCUGUGGCACCACCAGUGACAGUGGCUAUCACAAACGCAGAAGCGGUGGCAGUUAAUUGGCAUUCGCCUACUUGCAAAGCAUACCUACGCGUGGACGCGCAAUAACCCCGUCGCCAAAGUAGCACCGAUCCGUUCGGUGUGCUGUGAAUAAACCGCGGCCGCAUCAAUGUUCUAUCCGGUUCCGAUUGCCUGCGAGAUCAAAUAGCUGUGGAUAAUUCGCAAGUCAUACGCGACGUAGAAACGGUUUAGUUGAUAGCUUCAGCCUACAAGCCGAACUAGAGUAGCGGUACUGUGAAAUUGAGUGUGAAUUCGUACAAUCGAACAGCAAAAGUGUUAAAUUUAAAAUUAUAGAUACGAAUUGUUAUGCAAGUUCCAAGUGUGCUGUGAAUUGAGUUAAUUAAAGCGAGAUUGUCUAAAUAUUCGAAAUCCUCUCUAAAUUCACCGCUAAAAGUGUUCAUGAGCAAUAAAGUGUGGGGUCCUCUCAUCAACUGGAAAUCGACUAUAAUCGAUCCAAUUGAUUUCAUAUUGUGUUUAAUGAACUGAAUGCAAAGAAUGCACAUGUUUGUGUGUAUUUUAAAUUUAACUUCAAAUCGGUGUGAGAAUUACAGAGCAUAAAGAUUUGAAGACAUUGUUAUAGCUUUUGUUACUUUUACCGCCGCUAAAAAUUGCAAAAAAUUCGUGGCCUGGAAUAGUAUGCGAAUUUGUUCACAGUGGAUUCAACGAAUAAAAUGGCCGUUGGACCGACGGAGGGAAAGCAACCUCCCUCAGAGACAUUCUCGCCCACACAUCAGAUUAUAGCACCGAGUCCGAUCUUGGCAGUGCCAACACUCGCCUUCUCCGCCGCACAAGUGGAAAUUGUCUGCAAAACGCUGGAGGACUCGGGGGACAUAGAGCGUUUGGCGCGCUUCCUCUGGAGUCUACCGGUGGCCUUGCCGAAUAUGCAUGAAAUAUUGAAUUGUGAAGCCGUACUCAGGGCGCGAGCGGUUGUUGCUUAUCACGUCGGAAAUUUCAGGGAGCUUUAUGCAAUAAUAGAAAAUCAUAAAUUUACAAAAGCGUCUUAUGGCAAAUUACAAGCAAUGUGGCUCGAAGCCCACUACAUUGAAGCGGAAAAAUUGCGUGGCCGAUCACUAGGUCCCGUGGACAAAUACCGAGUGCGAAAGAAGUUCCCCCUACCACCCACGAUCUGGGAUGGUGAACAAAAGACACAUUGCUUUAAGGAGCGAACGAGAAGUUUGCUGCGUGAGUGGUACCUUCAGGAUCCGUAUCCGAAUCCGACAAAAAAGCGCGAAUUAGCGAAAGCAACUGGCCUCAAUCCAACUCAAGUGGGGAACUGGUUUAAAAAUCGGAGGCAGAGGGAUCGAGCAGCUGCUGCCAAAAAUAGAAUACAACAUAAUCAAAAUAAUUCUGGACUCAUUUGCCGGAGCCGCCGGCCGGAAGGAGCACCAUCCCCGAUAGCAUCAGAUACAUCGGAUUCAGAUAUUUCACUGGGCACCCAUUCACCUGUUCCUAGUAGUAUUCAGCUACAACAUAGUCCCGGCUCUACAUCGAACGGUGCCAACGAUCGCGAAGAGAGUCUCAGUGUCGAUGAUGACAAACCACGCGACUUGGUCACCUCCAUUGCGGCGAGUAAUUUGGUAGCAGCAUCCACAUACGCCUCAGCAACACCACUAUCCACCUGCUUGCCACCUUUCAAAUUGGAUACAGCGACCAGCCUCUUCAAUGCCGGUUGUUAUUUACAAAGUUUUAGUAACCUCAAAGAGAUGUCCCAGCAAUUCCCCAUUCAACCGAUCGUCAUUAGACCACAACCACAAUUGCCGGCGCAGGCGCAUGGCUUAAAUGGCAGUCACCUGCACGCCGCCAUAAGCUAUCCGCCACCAGGCUAUGCGGUGGAUUGCACACCGCCGAAAAUACGUGUCAAUUCCCCAGAAAAGCUCAAUUCGACAGCCAACAGCAUAGCGGCUACUUUAAGUACGGUUGCAGCGUUACAGGACACCUCUGCAUAUCAGCACCAUCAUCACAGCGCCCAGCUGUUGCAUCGACCAUUCUCCACGUCACCGGAUUUGCCGCACAACAAUCACAAUGCCGCACCGCCAGAAAUCACAUGAUACACCAGCCGUAGGCACCCAUACAAGCACUAACACCAGUCACAACUUUAAUUAGUUGAUCUCUCGCUCUCUCUCUCAACAGACUCACACAAGUUGGCAGAAUCCAAAUGAGGGUGUGGGUGCGCGUAUGUUGAAUGAAUCUGGCACUUUAGCCAGUCAAAAAUUCCACAAUGAAUUAUAGUUUGCGGCGGGCGAACGGUUUACGCCUCUUUCAUACAUCAUGCAUAAAAUCUAUUAUUGUUCAAUUCAAAAACUCGUUUUCGAUUCCUCCAAUAUUUGGAAUAUUUUAGACAUUGUAAGGAUAUAGAAAGCAGAAUGUAAUAAUCUCGUUUAUAUAUGUAUGGUAUGUUUAUAGGCUCAUAGAUUUUCCCUUCUCUCUAAGGUUUUAUCACUUUUAAUUCGGUGUCAGUUGGCUAGCGGUUUUAUAUACAGAAGGGUGGAAUUCAGAUGGUCAGUUUAUUUAAUAUUAUUUAUAACUAUCAGUUUAAUGUAUCGAUAAUAGCGAUAUUUUGCAUACCCCGGCUAGCUUAGUGACAUGGAACAAGAGGAGGAAGUAAUUGGAUAGAAUAUAGUUUCUUUAAAGCUUGAAAUAAAAAAAAUUUUCAGGCUAAACAUGAAUCAUGAAAAACAUUUGUUAGUUUGUUAGUGUUUCUAAUAUGUAUAACUUCUAGUUCUUAAACUAACUGAGUUGUGGGGAAAUCUCUUUAUGCGCUCUACGACCAGGUGCGUAGAGUUCGAUUUAUUUAUCAUAUUUUGUGCAAAAUUUUCAACAAAGGCUUUGUGAGACCCAAGGUUAUACAUCAGAAGUAUCUGUAUCAAACUGUAUUCUGUGUUACGUCUAACACAAUCUUUCCUCGAACCUUCAUGUCACUAAUUGGGUUUACAAUGAUGUUUUCAUAAUGAUACGUGUAAUUAUUUCAAGAAUUUAUGUGUAUUCUUACUUUUUUACCCGUGUUGUCAGAAUCGAAGAAUAUUAAAAGUUACUUUUUCAUAUCAAUUUAGUUUCAUACCCGCUGAAAUACAAAUACAUAUUAUCUAAUAGGCAGAACUUUAAGUAUAACGAUAUCAUGUUCGCUAGAUCUUUAUUUAGCCAACCCCUAUCCGCGCUAUUAUCUAUUUCACCUAGGGAUAAAAGAGACAGUCUAAGUCGGCAGUGUAUUUGAUGCAAGGAAUUUCAGAAAGAAACGCAAGCAACGAUUUAGUUAAAUUUUAAAAGUUGAACCAACUAACGUUGUUAGUAACUCAGCAGCGGGUAGUGACCUAAUACCCAUAGAAGAAUAGAGCAAUUUACGCAAAAUUUGUGUACCUUCCCGGGUGCAAAUACAACAACAGCAAGACAACAAUCCAAAUGAAUAAAAAACUACGCGUUUUCCACUCCGCGUUUAUUGCUCUGAGUAUACGCCAUCAUACAUACUUGUACAUACCUUAUAUACAUUAGAGGUUAGUUCACCGUAUGCAAAGUUACCAUUCACUGUACAGCAUUAUUUCGUUAUUUCUUAAAAUAUUGGUAAGUAUAUCUGUAUGUAUGUGCGUGGCAGUAUUGAAGCCUGUGGAUUUUUGCACAGUUCCGUUUACAAUGUAUGUAAAUAAAUAUGUAAAUGACGAAGCUGGCAUUUCGUGAUCUAAUGAUUCUAAACUAUGUAAUCAAAUUAACCAAUUCAUAUCCCCAGUCACAUGCAUGCAUCCUACACACACACAUAAACAUACAAAUAAUUUUUAAGUUUAUGCUGAUGCGAUUUCAAUGAAUUGUUAAUAGUUUUGCAUCGCCUUUACCGAAAAUAAAUGAAAUUACCAUUAUUUAAUCUACUUAUACAUAUAUUCGCAUAGUAUAGCAUUAACAUUUCAAUUAUUCCUAGUUAUUCAUAAUUUGAAGGUAUUAAAGAUAAUGUCUAUUGAAAUUAUUUUAUGCUUUGCUCACCUGUAGCUCUUUCGUAAGAAAAGUAAGCAAAAUUUCGAAAGUUGAAAUAAAAAUGUAUUCGAAAAUAUCUACAUAAGUUAAUUGCAUGUUAAUUUUGAGUGAGUCAAUGUAAAUAGAUUAUAAGGUCCAAAAAUAAACUAUACAUAUAGCUUAUCAUUAGAAUGCAAUAAAGAUAAAUGAAUUAAGAUAAUAUGAAAUAUAAAAUGGAAA